AUGAGAAUCUAUCAAUGUCAUUUCUGCUCUUCACCAGUAUAUCCAGGUCAUGGGAUAAUGUUUGUUCGUAAUGAUGCGAAAGAAUUCAGAUUUUGCCGUUCUAAAUGUCACAAAGCAUUCAAACAACGUCGUAACCCAAGAAAGUUGAAAUGGACCAAGGCUUUCAGAAAAGCUGCUGGUAAGGAACUGGCUGUGGACUCUACGUUGACUUUUGCCCAAAGAAGAAACGUCCCAGUUAGAUACAAUAGAGAGUUAGUCUCUACCACGUUGAAGGCUAUGGCUAGAAUUGAACAAAUUAGAUUGAAACGUGAAAGAGCAUUCUACAAGAACAGAAUGAGAGGCAACAAGGAAAGAGACUUCUUAAGAGAUAAGAAGUUGGUGGAAUCUAACCCAGAAUUAUUGAAGAUGAGAGAAGUUGAAAUCGCCAAUAAGUUAGCUAAGGAGCAAGAAGAAGAAGUAGAAAUAAGCGAAGAAGAAGAAGAAGAAGAAGAAAUGGAAAUUGACAGUGAAGAAGAGGAAGAAGAAGAAGAAUUACAAAAGCAAAAGAUCUUAUUGAAAAACAAGAGAAGAACUUCAAAGAAAAUUGCAUUUUAA